UUUGUUCUGGCUUCGCCCCUGUCCGCCUUCCGCGUCCGCGCCUGGAACCCCGUCGUCCCCUGCGCCUCCUCCCCGCUGCGGCUGCUCGAGCUCGACGUCGUCGCCGGCGGCGCCCUCGCGGACAUGUGCGUCGAGGUGCUCUACUUCACCCACCUCCGCGUCUUCGCCGCCGCCGGCGCCCUCAACCCCGCCCACCUCAACGACCUCGAGCACGGCAGCAUGCUCCUCAUGUUCUUCCUCUUCGGCGCCCUCGCCCUCGCCUCCCAUCUCAGCCCCAGGUCAGUUCGCCUCGCCGCCUUCGCCGUCGCCGUCGCCAUCCGUGACGACGCGCGCCAGCUAUCAUCUUCUAGCAGACUAGUACGCUCCUACACGGAUCAGCGACCACCAACGCGAUCCACAUGACCAAGAAUCCAAGAUCCCAUUUUUUUU